AUGAGGUCCGUGCUGAUACGCAUCGUCACUGCAUCAGCGAGGCCAGAAGUUGCCUCUGUCCAGCAGGUCGACAGAGCAGUCGCCUCCCGGCACGCAGAAUCGCGCUCGCGCGCGCUCCCCGUCUUCUCCAAAUGCACGGGCCAGAAGAAGGCGCUCUGCAUCGGGAUCAACUACACGGGGCAGCGGAACGAGCUGCACGGGUGCGUGAACGACGCCAAGAACGUGCGCAAGUUCCUGAUGAAGCAGUGGAACUUCAAGCCGGACCACAUCUUUCUGCUGACCGACGACGCAGCGCACGGGCACCAGCAGCCGACGCGCGCGAACAUCCUCGAGGCGAUGCGCUGGCUGGUGCGGGACGCGUGUCCGCACGACUCGCUCGUGUUUCAUUACUCUGGCCACGGCGGCCAGACGAGGGAUCUUGACGGGGACGAGGUGGACGGGCUGGACGAAGUUAUAUUCCCGGUGGACUACAAGCAUGCGGGAUUUAUCGUUGACGACGAAAUGCACCGGAUCAUGGUGAAGAACCUGCCAAACGGCUGUCGGUUAACGGCGAUAUUUGACUCAUGUCAUUCGGGAUCCGCGUUAGACCUUCCCUACCUGUACCACAGCGACGGCCGCGUCAAGGGCCUCAGCGAAGUGACCCCCAGCCACCUGCGCGAGAAGACCACGAAGGCCGACGUGAUCUCGUGGAGCGGCUGCGCGGACUCGCAGACAAGCGCGGAUACGUUCGAGGGCGGGGCGGCGGUCGGCGCGAUGAGCUACGUGCGUGCUGUUCUUUGGGUUGGCAUACGACGCGCCGAUCACAAGGACCAGACAUAUCAGCAGCUCUUGCAACAUCUGCGUCAAAUAUUGCACAAAAAUUACAGCCAAAAGCCGCAGCUCUCGUCGUCUCAUCGUAUUGUGCGUGUCCAUGAGCCCCACGUCCGAUCACAUGCAUGCUGA